UUCAAUUUAUUUUAUUAAUUAUUUAAAUUAAAAUAAGUGUUCUUAUUGGUUUUAGUUUUAUGAUAAAUAAUAAGUUAUAUAAAAGAAAUUUGUAGGCAGUGAAAUUUGUGUAGAAGAACAAAUACAAUUAACAAACUUAUUAUUUUUAAAGUGCGCCAAAAUUUAAAUCGAUUGGGUAUUCCUUUACUUCAUACUUGCAUAUGUAAUUUUCACACCUAAACUAUAUAAAGCAUAUAAAGCUCAAGUUUUAUUUAAUAUAAAAUGGAGAUUGAAUUGUCUUCAGGCUGUUUUGAAUCAAUACUUUCUGGCGUUGACUAUGAUAAGCCAAUAUUACAAAUAUUAGGGACGAGGAGGAUUGCUGGAUCUGAAGGUUCUGAAAGGUUCAGAUUGUUAGUUUCAGAUGGAAAAUAUCUUAACAGUUUUGCCAUGUUAGCAACUCAACUAAAUAAUUUGUAUACUUCAGGUCAACUAUCAGAUUAUACUGUAAUACGUGUUGAUAGAUAUAUAUCUUCAGUAGUAAGUAAAGAUAAUGGGAGUAAAGAAAAACGCGUGUUAAUUAUUCUUGAUUUAACAAUUAUAAAAUCUGGAGAGGAAGUUGGAAGAAGAAUUGGAAAUCCUCAACCAUUUACUGGAGAUUCCAACACAGAACCGACAUUAAAUAAACUUACAGAAAGGCCUACACAUAAAUCAGUUGACUUACCUUCCAAAAGAAAUGUUAGAACGGAAGAUGUUAAUUCCAGUUUAAAUCAAUCGCUUCAAACUCAUUUAACCAACCCUAUAUCCAGUUUAAGCCCUUACAAGUCAAAGUGGGUGAUUAAAGUCCGAGUAGUUGCUAAAUCGCCAAUAAGAACGUGGAGCAAUGCGAAAGGCGAAGGUAAGCUAUUUAGUAUGGAUUUAAUGGAUGAAUCAGGGGAAAUAAGAGCAACUGCAUUUAGAAAUGAAUGCGAAAAAUAUUUUGAUAUGAUUGAAGUAGACAAAAUUUACUUUAUAUCCAAGUGUCAAUUAAAACAAGCCAAUAAGCAAUAUUCAUCAUUGAACAAUGAUUACGAAAUUACUUUUACUUCUGAAACAAUUGUUCAACCAUGUACAGAAAAUGAAGCAAAUAUUCCACAAGUUCAAUAUAAUUGGGUUCCAAUCAGUCAAAUCUCUAAUAUGGAGCCAAAAUCAGUAGUGGAUGUAAUCGGAAUAUGCCGAGAGGCUGGUGAUCUUCAAACUUUCACUGGAAAAACCAAUAAUCGUGAGUUUAAAAAAAGAGAAUUGACACUAAUAGAUACAAGCAACGCUGCUGUUCAGCUCACCCUUUGGGGUGAUGAAGCGGUUAAAUAUGAUGGAUAUGUUCAACCAGUUAUUGCUGUCAAAAACGCUAUUGUUACUGAAUUCGGGGGUGGAAAAUUUGUAAGUAUAGGAAAUGGGUCUGUAUUGAAAAUAAAUCCAGAUUUACCUGAAGGACAUAAGUUACGAGGAUGGUUUGAUAAUGGUGGGGGUGAAAGUAUAUUAUCGAAUGUUUCUAGUAGAACCUUAGCAGGUGGAGCUGGUUUUGCAAGUGAUUACAUAACUUUCUAUGAAACAAGAAUCAAAAAUUUUGGAGGUGGGGAAAAACCAGAUUAUUUUCAAGUGAAAGCUGUUGUGCAUUUAAUAAAGAAUACAAAUCCUACAUAUAAAGCAUGUCCACAAGCAGAGUGUAAUAAAAAAGUAAUCGACGAAGGUAAUGGUCAUUUCCGCUGCGAAAAGUGUAAUGCACUUUUCCCAAACUUUAAAUAUCGCUUGUUGUUAAACAUUAAUAUUGGAGAUUGGACUUCUACUAGAUGGGUGAGUUGUUUUAAUGAAACAGCAGAAAAAAUUGUUGGAAAAACCGCACAAGAGAUUGGUGAAUACCUCGAAUUAAACCCUGAGGAUGUUGAAAAUGUUUUUUCAGAAGCGCAUUUUAAAUAUUUUUCGUUCAAACUGCGGAGCAAAUUGGAAACCUAUGGCGAUACUCAGCGCACUAAAAUUAAUGUUAUUAACGUUUCUCCCAUUUGCUACAAAGAAUACAAUAAUUACCUAAUAAAAAAUCUCCAGUCACUUCUUGCUGUUGGUAAAAACUAAAAAUGUAAUACAUUAAUAUACUUACCUAUUGAAAAAUUAAAAAGAAAUGUUCAUACAUAUAUUUAAUAAAUUACUAAUGAAAUUUUGCUAAUACAUAUACGAUUUUAAUUUUUUGACAUCUAGCAACUGUUUGAAAAAAUUAUAACUGGCAAAUUUUAAAAACAUUCAUAAAAUAUAAUAUAUUAAGUAUACAUAUAAUUACAUAUAUACAUAUGGUAUUUAGGUAAGCGCAGCUACCUCAAGGUACACAUAGGCUAGUUAUAUGGAAAAAUUUGAUAUCUAUAUGUGGAAUCUAUAUGUUGAAAAAAAAUAUGUAUAUCUAUAUGUGCUUAAUUAGGUAUCGGUAUGCCUCAGAGACUUUUUUCAUACUUCACUUUAAAAGGUAACUUAAAAAUAGUACAUAAUUAUAUAU